GUACUUUCUUAAUUAGUUAAAACUUAGAGAAUUCUAGCUAUUUUACCCUUUCUUUGCUUCUCUUCCCUCUCUCCGUUUUAUGAUCUAUUAAAAGGAAAACGCAGUCUUCCAUGUUCUUGUAAUCUUGAACUGAGAAAUGGAAGAGCCAAAGGCAGCCCAGAACCCACCACCGAUCCAAGAUGCAAACCCAGCAGCCGCAGCCCAAACAGCCCCUCCUCCUCCGCAACAACCACCACCAUCAACUGCACCAGAACAGCCAGCUAGCAAGAAAAGACCUCCAGAAAACAGCAAUGACCAACUCCAACACUCCGAGUAUCACAAGAUGCGCCUUAUCGUCAGAGAUCUCCGUCCUCAUUUCAUCGAGGUGCUUCGAACUCCUGAUUUUCGAAAUUGCAAGGCCGCUGAUGAAAUUAGAGAAAAGAUGAAGCUUUUGAUGGAAUUGUACAAGCAGAUGCCAGCUGGAACUGUCCCCACAGAGAAAUGUAAUAAUGCAGCAGAUGAAACUGGAACGAAGCAGAAGCCAGAAGAGCAGCCUCAAGUUGUUAAGCCAGCAGUAUCAUCUGAAAAUAAGACUUUCCAGCCAAGUAAUGUCUCUGAUAAGCAACAAUCUGAAGAUGGUGAAGCUCCCAAGACAUAUAUUGUCGGAGGGUCAGCUUUUGGAUGGAACUUUAUCACCUUUGCAGGGGGCAAACCUGUUCAUUAUGGAGUAACAAAGGAAUCAUUUCGAAGUGCUCAAGCAACUUUAAGGGGAGAGUGAACUCAUUCUGACAUGUAGUGGUGGCCAAAUAAUGCAUUAACAGCAAAUGCUUUUGGAGCUCUACCUUACUAUAGACAUCAAGGGAUUAUCAUUUGUAUAAUGAUUGUAGUAAAACAUAUUAGGGUUUUCAAGGGAUCUGUAAGUUUGAAUUCUCACAUUGCUUAAUACUCUUGUCAUCUUUCUAAUCCAAAUUUCUUUCAAGAAAAAAAAAAAAAAACUAGGGUGCCAUUGACAUCUAGUGAGAAAUAAAACUAACAGAUCCCCAGCAA